CGGCAUUUACACUCCUUCACAAUGCUUGUCAGCCUCCACCCUUCUCCCUCCCGUCUUCAGGACAAGAGCUUUGUCUCCCCUCCCUCCUCCCCCGACCAUCAUCCUCAUUCUCCUCCGCCACCUCCUGCUCCUCAAGACCAUUUUCCUUAUCCCCAACCUCGACUGACCCUUCCUUUCCUCUCCUUGUCCUUCUCUCUGCUCCUCUUCUCCGUGCUCCUUCUGCCCGUCUGCGAGUCUCGCAGGGGUGGAGGUCAGGGUACAGGGCCUGGAGGUGCCCCAGGGGGACAAGGUGGCCAGAGGGGAGGCGGCACCCAGAGGGGCGUCAUCAUCCCACCUCAGUACUCGCCCGGCUCACCAGCUCUCCCCCCGAUCAAUCCCAAGCUGAUCAAUUCGCUCAGUAUUGCUGUCAUCCUGGUGGGCAACUCUAGUGAAGUUGCCCUGGGGGCCGGACUUGAGAAAGAGGACUUCCUCCACAUCCCCUACCCUCCCAAAGUCGAGGUGGUCACCAUGAACGAGACUGACCCCAAGAGCAUCAUCAAUCGGAUCUGCGUGCAAAUGACGAGGAACUCUCUGCAGGGUGUAGUGUUUGGUGAUGACACGGAUCAGGAGGCCAUCGCUCAGAUCCUCGACUUCAUCUCUGCCCAGACACAUAUUCCCAUCUUGGGCAUCAGAGGGGGCUCCUCCAUGGUAAUGGCGGCUAAGGACGACCAGUCCAUGUUUUUCCAGUUCGGGCCGUCCAUCGAACAGCAGGCCUCCGUCAUGUUGAACAUCAUGGAGGAGUAUGACUGGUACAUCUUCUCCGUUGUCACCACCUACUACCCCGGGUACCAGGACUUCGUCAACAAGGUUCGCAGCACCAUCGACAACAGCUUUGUGGGCUGGGAGCUGGAGGAGGUCCUUCUGCUGGACAUGUCCGUGGACGAUGGCGACUCCAAGAUCCAGAACCAGCUGAAGAAACUGCAGAGUCCUGUCAUUCUGCUCUACUGCACAAAGGAGGAGGCCUCCACUAUCUUUGAAGUGGCUCAUUCUGUUGGCCUCACCGGCUACGGCUUCACCUGGAUCGUUCCCUCGCUGGUGGCCGGAGAUGCAGACCAUGUUCCCUCUGUAUUUCCUACAGGGCUUAUCUCUGUGUCUUAUGACGAGUGGGACUACAACAUUGAGGCCAGGGUCCGUGAUGCAGUGGCUGUUAUUGCCACGGCGACCUCCACCAUGAUGCUGGACCGGGGGCCACACACGUUGCUGAAGUCGAGCUGCCUGGGGACACCGGACAAAAAGGGCUCCAGCACGGGCCACUCCAAGGAAAUACUGAAGUACCUCAUGAAUGUCACGUUUGAAGGCAGAAACCUGUCAUUUAGCGAAGAGGGUCACCAGAUGUUCCCCAAGCUGGUCAUCAUUCUCCUGGACAAGGACCGACAAUGGGACCGGGUUGGCAAGUGGGAGAGGGGCUCUUUGACGAUGAGGUACCAUGUGUGGCCUCGCUUUGAGCUGUACACUGGAGUGGAGGAGCGGGAGGACCACCUGUCCAUCGUGACUCUGGAGGAGGCGCCAUUUGUCAUCGUGGAGGAUGUUGACCCGCUCAGUGGGACCUGCAUGAGGAACACUGUGCCGUGCCGCAAACAGCUGAAACUCAGCAACCAGACAGGUGAUUCAGGAAUUUACAUCAAGCGCUGCUGUAAAGGUUUCUGCAUUGACAUCCUGAAGAAGAUCGCCAAAGCUGUUAAGUUCACGUACGACCUCUACCUGGUCACCAACGGCAAACACGGCAAGAAGGUUAACGGCACCUGGAACGGCAUGGUGGGAGAGGUGGUGUUGAAGAAUGCCCACAUGGCGGUGGGUUCGCUCACCAUCAACGAGGAGAGGUCGGAGGUCAUCGACUUCUCGGUGCCGUUCAUCGAGACGGGCAUCAGUGUCAUGGUCUCCCGUAGCAACGGCACCGUCUCCCCCUCCGCCUUUCUCGAGCCCUUCAGUGCUGAUGUGUGGGUGAUGAUGUUUGUGAUGCUGCUGCUGGUGUCGGCCAUAGCUGUGUUUGUGUUUGAGUACUUCAGCCCGGUGGGUUACAAUCGCUGUCUGGCAGACGGACGAGAGCCCGGAGGUCCCUCCUUUACCAUCGGUAAGGCCAUCUGGCUGCUCUGGGGUCUGGUUUUCAACAACUCCGUCCCUGUGCAGAAUCCCAAAGGCACCACCAGUAAGAUCAUGGUGUCGGUGUGGGCCUUCUUUGCUGUCAUCUUCCUGGCCUCCUACACUGCCAACCUGGCUGCCUUCAUGAUCCAGGAGGAGUAUGUCGACCAGGUGUCGGGCCUGUCGGACAAAAAGUUCCAGAAUCCCAAUGAAUUCUCGCCGCCGUUCCGGUUUGGCACGGUGCCCAAUGGGAGCACAGAGCGCAACAUCCGCAACAACUACCGGGACAUGCAUACCUACAUGACCAGUUUCCACCAGAAGAAUGUAGACGAAGCGCUGUACAGUCUGAAGUCCGGCAAACUGGAUGCCUUCAUCUAUGACGCUGCGGUGCUGAACUACAUGGCGGGCAGAGACGAGGGCUGUAAGCUGGUCACCAUUGGGAGCGGCAAGGUGUUCGCCUCCACGGGCUACGGCAUCGCCAUCCAGAAGGACUCAGGCUGGAAGCGAGCCGUGGAUCUUGCCAUUCUCAUGCUGUUUGGAGACGGUGAUAUGGAGGAGUUUGAGGCCCUGUGGCUGACGGGCAUCUGCCACAACGAGAAGAACGAGGUGAUGAGCAGCCAGCUGGACGUGGACAACAUGGCAGGGGUCUUCUACAUGCUCGCGGCCGCCAUGGUCCUGUCAUUGCUUACCUUCAUCUGCGAGCAUUUGUUCUACUGGCAGUUGCGCUUCUGCUUCAUGGGCGUGUGCGAUGGGACGCCCGGGUUCACCUUCUCCAUUAGCAGAGGUAUCUACAGCUGCAUCCACGGGGUACAAAUCGAGGAAAACAAGUCAUCCAUAGACUCACCUUCGGCCACCAUGAAGAAGAACAUGAACAACACCCACUCCAACAUCCUGCGGUUGCUCCGCACUGCAAAGGACAUGACCGCUGUCCCGGGCAUUAACGGCUCUCCGCAUGCCGCCCUGGAGUACAGCCACAGUGGUCGUGAGCCAACUCUCUAUGAUAUCCAGGAGCACCGGCGCAGCCUGGUGGGUCACCCUGUAGACUGCAAGACAGCGCCGCCUUACAAGCCAGAGGACAACAUGUUCAGUGACUACAUCAGCGAGGUGGAGAGGACUUUUGGCAACUUGCCCCUGAAGGACAGCAACCUGUACCAGGACCAUUACCUGCACCACCACCCGGCCUCGGCUCUGGGUAUGUCCGGCCCCCCGCCUAAUAGGCCGCGUAGUUUAGGCAGCGCUAGCUCGUUGGAUGGGGGCAUGUUUGAUUGCGACAGUUUAGGGGGAGGGGUAGCACCUAUCUUUACCACCCAGCCCCGGUCCUCCAUGACUCACAGGAAUACAAAUAAAUUUGACCUGAUCGCUGGCCACACCCCUGCGGAUUCCAGCCAGGUUGGGUUCACAGGGAGCAAUGUAUACGGCAGGUUUUCUUUCAAAGGAGGCGCAUCCAGCACAGGGCUCAUCGGGGGUCAUGAAAGGUACUGUGGUGGGGGUGGAGCAGGCUCAGGGGGUGACGAUGGGAACAUUCGCUCUGACACAUCGGAUAUCUCCACGCACACGGUCACCUACGGCAACCUGGAGGGCAACAACAAGCGGCGUAAGCAGUACAGGGACAGCCUGAAAAAGAGGCCAGCUUCGGCCAAGUGCAGACGGGAGCAGGACGAGAUAGAACUGAGCGCCUACAGGAGGAGACCCCACCACCACACCGUCCACCACCACUUCCCUCACGGUCCCCUGGCACACCGCACGGUCUCACCUCCCCUGGAGCGGAAGAGGGGCGGAGGAGGGGGUAAUUCUUCACCUUACGUAUUCCGUAAAGAGAAAGAGAACCUGAGGGAAUUCUAUGCGGACCAGUUCCGCUCCAAGGAGGGCAAGGCCAAGUGGGAGCAAGAGGGAGGAAGUGGAGGAAGCGGUGUGGGCGGCGGUAGUGGUGGAGGUAUCUGUAAAAGCUUAGUGCCUGUGGAAGACUUCCUCAAAGGUAAAGGCAAGAAGGUGGAGUGUAAAAGUGGAGUGGGCUCAGUGGCGACAGGACAGCAGGGCCACACCUGCUGGGAGAAGGGGAUAUCUGGUGUUGGAGGGGGGGGCAUAGCAGGGGGUGACUGGGACUGUCGUAACUGCCACAGUGUAUGUCACCAGGGUGGUGGUGUCGGAGGAGGCGGCACGUGCCAAGCUAGCGCAGUUGGGGGGAGUAGCAGUCGCCCCAGCUCAGCUACCAGCAAACGCGGUGACUCCUGUAAGGUCCAGCCGAGCAACCUUUACAACAUCAGUGAGGAUAACAUGGUGUUCCCUGGAGAGAAGAGUAGAGCGGGACCCAGCCAAACUCAGGCACAGCGCAGGAAGCUAGGGCCGGGUGGGAGGGUGUUACGAAGGCAACACUCAUAUGACACAGUCGUUGACCUUCAGAGGGAGGGGGCAGGCCGCAUGGGAGGGGCUGGUGGGGGUAGUGGGGGACAGUUUCCCCAGCCCCGAAGUGUGAGCUUAAAAGACAAAGACCGCUUCAUGGAGGGCCCCAGCCCUUAUGCCCACAUGUUUGAGAGGUACUCUGGUGACAGGGAGUCUCCCAUGUUUGGAGGAAUUGGUGGGGAUAGGGCGAAGGGAGGCUCCUCAUUCAGUCUGUUCCGUGGAAGCGAAGGUGGGUUGCAUCGGCGGUCGGUGGGGGAGAGAGACCAAAGGGACAGAGAUAGAGCUAUGAUGGGAGGUGGGGGCUGUGGUGGUGGUGGUGGUGGUGGUAGCAGAGGGGCUGGGACUUACUCCUUGUCUAAAUCUCUCUACCCAGAUAAGGUGAACCAGAACCCCUUCAUCCCAACCUUCGGCGAUGACCAGUGUCUAUUACACGGCGGCAAACCGUACUACGUCAAAAAGCCACAGACGCAGCCACAGCAGCAGCAGCAGCAACUUCUCAACAACAGCCGAGGAGGAGCAGGGGACUUCCGCGGCUCCAUGGGAGCAGGGGACUUCCAUGGCUCCAUGGGAGCAGGGGACUUCCACGGCUCCAUGGGAGCGGCUUCCUAUUUGCCUGCAUCCGCCACAGCUGGGGUGAUGUCCAAUGUGGCCCCCAGGUUCCCCAAAGAGCUGUGUCUGAGCGGGGUGGGAGGGCCAAUUGGGAACCACCACGGGGCCAGCAAAAUACUGCCUGCGGGCCGGGACACAUUAGGUUUGGGGCCGGGACAGAGAAGCUUCAAUGGUGCCAGCAAUGGACACGUUUAUGAAAAGCUCUCCAGCAUUGAGUCAGACGUCUGAGGGAAAAGACCAAGGAAGAAAGAGAGAGAGAAAGAAGACGAAGCGGGUGAGGGAAAAGGAGGAGGAUGGAGAGAAACAUACAAAAGCGAAAAAAAUGAAACAGCUCAGGCGGAUGACCUCUCUGUGUGAAGAGAAGGAGGAGACACGAUACUGUGUGUUGUUGUCACUCCCCUAACCGGAAAGAAUUUGGACGAUGCACAGAGGCCACUACAGGCUAAGAUGUCGUGAAGUCCGCCUGGAGACAAGUUUUUAAUGGGAAGAGAAGAUUCUGGUGGUGCUACGACGCUCAGAGAAAGAUAGGGGUGGAGGGAGGGGAAAAACAGGAAAUAGAAUUUUCAGUCUCUUCACAUGCUCAUCAUCUUUCCCUCCCUCCUGCGGUUCCUUAACACAAACAGAAAUACAAUCAUGAAUGAGAAAUCAACGCUUCUGUUGAAGUAACAGGGUAAACUAAUAAUAAUUGUAUUGAUAAUGUUGAUAAUAUUAUUGAAUAUUAUUCUAGUGUUUACUGAUGAUUGGUUUGGAUUGUUUUUAAGUUUAAUUCAUUUAUUUAAAUGGUUCAUGUUACAUAUUUGUACGAUGUUGAUUCUUUCUUAGCUUUCCAACAGUACAGGACACUGGUCAGUACAGAUCUUUUUGAGGUUCCUGUAAAUUGGACUAUUUUGGAUUCUUUGCUAUUUAUUCUUCAUGUUUGAUCUUUUUUUUUCAACUUUUCUUAUUUUUGAGUGCUGUGACGUGUAUGUAAAAGGCAUGACUCGCUGAGUACAUUCAAUGUACUUUUGAUUUUUUUUCCAAAGCAGGUUUUUCUUUCAGCUGCAGAAACAACAUCAUCAUACUGAUUUGCCAUUUGCUCUCAUUUUUCUGCUUGGCAGUAGCAAAUGGGUCUCGCAUUUUGAGCUGGAUGUGCCUUAAAGGAUCAAUUCUGAUUUUCUACACUUAAGAUCUCGUCUGUUGGUUCGGCAGAUCCACUUACAAACAAUUAGUCAAUUGGUUUGAGUGAAGAGAUAACUGAAACAAUCUGAGAUGAGAGUAGAGCUUCACGAGUGUCAUUUAUCAUGCUGUUCCAGAUGUUACAAGGAAGUAAAACACAGACUGUUGCAGUCGAGGAAGUUUCAUUUCCUACAUUGACCCCCAACUGUAAAGUUAACAACAGCAGGAUUACAAGGGUUAAAACCACAGUGCCAUAAUAAAUAAACAUUCCUGUUCCCCCCCAAAAAAAGUCAGGUAUGACAGAGCCUGCUGCUGUAUGUGAGGAAAUUAUGCUUUAGAAUUCAAAUGUAAACGCUUCUUCUUCUUCUUGUACUAUUAACUCCAGAUUAUCUAAUCGCAAGACAAUUUCCUUUAAACCAUUUACGAUUCAACUUCAACAAGCUUUAUCACUCCUCACCUCAUCAGAGCAGAUGAUCCAGGACCCGAGUAUCCAUUAAAUACAAGCACAUCAUAUUUCAUGUUUUCAACGGGCCUCACUCUAUUGACCGUGUGCUGUUCAGGACCUGGACAUCUAAGGGACCACACCAGCACACAGCCCUGAAUCAUCAUAUCAUCGUGUCGUCUUGCAAUUCAUCACAAUUUAUUGAACUCCCCUUUACUGUGCGUUGUGUCAUUUCUUUAUUCUCUUUACAAAAAGAAAUGUGUUCUCACCAUACAGCUGCCGAGUAGUGUCCCUCUGCAAAGGAGCAGUGCACCAAUUUGGGAAUAAGCUUAUGAGCUGUUCUAUCUGUGAAAUGAUCUCUGUAAACAGAUUCUGCAUGUGAAUAAAGAAUCUGCAGGUGAGGGACAGGAUGUUGGGGCCUUAAAGCCUUCUGGUGUCUGUUUCUAGUUUGACCAAUCACGUUU